AGAAAAGUCUAGUUGCCAGCUUUCCUAAAUGAUCACGUUGUAUACGGGGUUAUUUUCCUGUUGAAGCAUCGCAUGGAAACUUGGCUAGAGCAAAGCGUGUUGUCAGAGUGCUACAAGCCGCUGUCUGACGCUGGAAUCAAUAUCCUCGAGAUUGCUGCUCGCCUGACGAAGGAGGACCUGAAGAUGGCAAAAAUCGAGCAGAGUGACAUCGUUGAGAGACUUUUGACAGCUUGCAGCUCGUUGAAAUUUGGUAAACUAUCAAUGGAUGUGGAAAAAGUAGAUGGAAAAACUGAUGGCGGUCAGCACGUGCCCACGGCGUCUUUUACUGCCAACUGUGAUUACCAAGCGACGGAUGACAGUGAGCUAACAAUUAAGAAGGGGGACCUAGUUGUGGUGUUGGAUAAAAGUGACAAGGACAGAUGGAAAGGAGUUCCAGCAGUCCACAGCCGCUUUCAGAUGAGGCAACUGCAAAGGAACCAGUUAUUGUCAAUCAACCAACAAGAACAACUGCAUCAGGUGCUGCAGAGGUACCAACAUUGCGUGAAGUUGCAGAGGGAAGGACAAUCGAGAUCAAGCCACCACUUCAUCACGCCCUACAGAGGAACUGAAUGUGCUUGAGCUUGCAGAGGGAAAGGACAAUCGAGAUCAAGCAACAACUGCCUCACAUGCUACAGGUAUCAAUGGUGCUUGAGCUUGCACUGGGAAACGUCGAUCAAGGUCAAGUGACAACUGCAUCACAUGCUACAGAGGGAUCAACGUUGCUUAAGCUUGCAGAGGCAAAGGAUGAUAUAGCCACAGAAGUUAGCUCUGCGUGAAGCGACAAAACUGGAAAUCUCCAUGACCUUGGUGGUCUUGUUGCAGUAACAGGGGAGCAGACCAGGUUGCAGCAGUGGCUGGAAGAGGUUCAGCUGUCUGACCUCUACAAAUUGCUUUGUGAUGCAGGGAUACAAGAUCUGGAAGCGCUUUCACAUGUGAGCAGGGAUGAACUAGAAAGAGCAGGAAUCAAUAAAAAUACAAUAAGCAGACUACUGACUGCAAGCAAUAUGUUGAAAUUGGGUGCAUCACAUUCAAGGGGUCAACUAUAUACAGCUGAACAUGGCUAUUUUCAAAAAGAGUAAAGACACUUGAACAUUUCAUGCACAUUUGGCUUCUGUUCUGUUCUGACUGUCAAUAUUAUCUAUUGUCUAGUGAUUCCAAAUUGACAAUUGAUAGAGGUGACAAAGUUUUAGUAACUGACAUGUCAGACAAGCAUAGGUGGAAAGGUACUGUCGAUCAGUAUGAAGUUGGUUUCCAUCUUGGGUGUUUGAUAGCAAACAGAAACCUUCAGUACGUGAUUCUCAACAAUUGCCAGUCGCUGCUAGUGCAGAUGAUGAGGCAGCCAGGUCUGACUUGACAAUCUCUAAGCAUGAACUCCAGCCUUCUCAAACAGCAGACCCAUCAUCUUCGCCAGCAAGUUGUUAUCAACAAGAACCAUCUGCUAAUACACAACAAUCAGCUUCUAUUGAAACUGCAACCGGGGAAGCUGAAAAUGUUGUUUCUUCAGGUUCAAUAGACAGUGCUGUUUGUCACUGGCAAAGUGGAGAUUUGGUUGGUUGGCUGAAGCGUAUCUGCUUUUACAACUUUUAUAGUACUUUUGGUAAACUUGGCAUAACAGAUUUUCCUUCAGCUGUGGCUGUCACUGACGGGAGGCUGAAAUUGUCAUACGAGAACCGGACACUGCCAGGCUCACGUGAGUCUGGGGACGAGGCUAAAUCUCGGCAUGUAUUGGAUCAAAUGCCUUCCGGCAAAACUGAUUCCAUUUCACUCAAUACGGUACAAGGGAACCAAAUUUAAUACAUGAACAUCACAACAGAUUAAUAAACAAUGCAUAACAUUCUACACCUAAAUUUUCCAGUCUAUCAAAAUUGAUAUAUAUUAUAUUGCAGCAUAACAG